AUGGUCCUGUUACGCACAGCCACCCAGGCUUCUGUCUUCGUCGCUCUUGCCUUCUCUCUGAUGGCGGUCUCUAUGGACACCUUUCAGAAUGACCUUGGGGCGAUCACGCCAACCGCCAGUAUGUCGAGGAACUUUGUCUGGACAAACACUUCCAGCGCUCCACCAGAGGCGACCGUUGAGAUUCAAUUUGACGGCCUGGUCGGCUCUGGUGUCAUAAACUUAACCAGCAAUUACGGCUUUACCGUCGUCAAUCUGACAGCCGCCAGCACCUCUGGCACCUCUUGCUCCUCUCAGAAUCCAUUCACCGCCAAUGUCACUUCCGGAGCGACCAUUCCUCCGGCAUCUGCCAACAGCGUCCCGGUCACGAACCUCCCUUCGACUAAUACGCCUCUGGUCCCGUCUGACGAACCAUUCACGUCGCCGUCGUCGCUGUCGUCACCGUCUACCACAGGCGACGGGUCUCUUAGCUCCAGUCAGAGCACCAGCCUGGGUAUACCCUCUACCACUAGCACGUCGGUCGACAUCGGCCUCUUCACCGGCCUUGGAGGGCGAUCGAGAGUAUCCCUAGCUACCAUGCUGAUAUGGCUUCUCCUGGCCCUGAUCCCGACCUUUUUUGUCUGGAGCGACGAUUUCUAA